AUGUCAGCACCAGAAGCAGCUCCAGCAGCUCCAGCUGAUCAGACAGCUACAACAGGAAAGAAGGAUGUCCAACUUGGCCCAGUCAAGCGUGAUGGCGAAAUCGUUAUGGGUGUUGCCCACAUUUAUGCUUCCAAGAACGAUACAUUCGUUCAUGUUACAGAUCUUUCUGGUUCUGAAACACUCGCCCGCUGCACAGGUGGUAUCGCCGUUCGUGCCCAGCGUGAUGAGGCUACACCAUACGCUGCUAUGCUUGCAGCUCAGGCCGUUGCUGCCCGUCUGAAAGAACUCGGCGUUGAUGGCGUUCACAUCAAGUUCCGUGGUGAAGGUGGUUCCUCCCGCCGUCUCCCAGCCCAGGGUGCUCAAUCCGCCCUCCGUGCUCUUGCACGUGCUGGUGUUAAGAUUGGCCGUAUCGAAGAUGUUACACCACUCCCACACGAUUCUACCCGCAGGAAGGGUGGUCGCCGCGGUCGCCGUCUCUAA